UCUUCUCCGCGGCGUGUGCUUAACCCUGAAGCAAACCCUAAUGGAGGAGGACCCUUGUUAACCCGGACGUUUUAAGCAGCCGAACAAAUCCAAAUCGCCCCUAGCCACAGUGCCAGCACGGAGACUUAAGAGCCACCCCACCCCCACGUGAACGCCAUGGGGUUAUUACCCUCGUUAAAACCUAUGGAUUUCUAGCAUCAUCUCAAGAACCCGGACAAAAAUCUCGCUUGCUUCAACUUGUGAAACCGCUGAGGUCGGAACAAAAACCUCCCAAAAAAGGGUUCGAAAGGCAGAUGAUAAAAGGCCCCCGGAUCAUCUCGAUUAGAAGUGUUCAAGUAAUCGAAUAAAAAAUUCCAUUUCUUUAUCCCUGUGCCGUGACGGCGGCGGCGACCAUGGCGGGGGGCGGAGCGGCAGACGAGAACCCGGCGGCGGCGGCGGUGCCUGACGAGCUCGGCGGCGGCGCGGACGCCAGCUUGAAUGCCUUCUUUGACCACGCGGGGUUGGAGUUGGCGGCGGUCGGAGGGGGCCAGGGGCCCGAGGAAGAGGAGGAGUUGGAGUGGCUCUCGAAUAUGGACGCGUUCCCUUCGGUGGAGACCAUGGCGGCGGAGGUGGUGGCGGAGGCGGCGCCGUCGCGUCCGUCGGCCGGGCUGGGCCGCCUGGAGGCGCUGCCCCAUGUGGUGGGUCCGAGGACCAAGGGGCUGCGGCGGCGGCGGCGGGUGACGGCGCCGUGGAGCCUCCCGCCGGUGCUGCCCCCGGCGCCCCCGACCGCCGGCGGUGCGGCGCCGCGGCGCCGGUGCACGCACUGCGGGUCGGAGGAGACGCCGCAGUGGCGGCAGGGCCCCGCCGGGCCCAGCACGCUGUGCAACGCGUGCGGCGUGCGGUUCAAGUCCGGGCGGCUCUUCCCGGAGUACCGCCCCAUCAACAGCCCCACCUUCUCCCCGCUGCUGCACUCCAACUCCCACCGCCGCGUCCUGGAGAUGCGCCGCCACGUGGAGGAGGAGGCCGCCGCCGGGGGCAUCCGCGCCGGCGCCAGGGCCCGCCGCGCCGAGCGCGCCGCGGCGCGCGCCGCCGCCUCCUCCGACCAGAGCAAGUGACGGCAGCAACCGCCUCCGACCGAGCGAGAAACGGUCCCUGCUUCGUCGCCGAUGGAGGAUGGAGAUGAUUGGAGAUCGAUCAUGAUUACCCUCGCUGCAUCCUUAUCCGCGUAGUUUCGUUUUGCAAUUCCGCUAGUUUUGUUAGGACAGUAGGAUUAGAGGUUCAAAGCAUCUGCAGCGGUGAGAAGAGAGCGCCAUCGUGAUCAAAUUUCCUGCAGCCCAGCAGCUGCUGUAAGUGACUCAUGGUGAUAAGCUUAAGCUGUGUCUGUCAGACUCAAAUGGGGAUAAGGGCUUUAUCAGGUCGCCUGUUCCUGCUAGCCUAGGGGAGUCGUCAAUCAGAGAGCAUGGGGCUCGGCAUCAUACGGAGAGUGACAUGUCCGCCACUCGCCGGGCUAGAUGCCGCUGGAUCAUACGAUUUUGACGGGGUUUCCUUCCAUUUCGCCGUGAUUGAGGCCGGCAGAUCACACU